CUUCCUUCUGCCGUCGGAGCUUCGUACCGUGAGGAGUGGAACGCUCUGCCGGAAGUGAGUUUCCACACGGAUUCUUUCGCAUGUGGCACCGCUGUUACACAUGUGUAAACAAGGCAACUUGAGGAACGGUUAGCUGGACAGACUGCUGUCAGCAUUAAUAUAAGAUUUAAAAACAAGAACAAGCUCUUUAAAGUACAUUUUGAUCCAAAAUGGCGUCCACAGUACACAGUGACAGCGACGAUGGCAUGGACGCGUUCAUGGACAAAUUCAAGACCCAGCGGUAUAAAAAUGCCUUCAGUGAAAACGACUGGGAGGAGGAGUUUAAUAAAAUACCCAUGUUCAUGAAAAACGCCCCCGAAGAGAUCGACCCACAGAAAUACCCAGAACUAGCCUGCCUCCAGUCCAUUAUCCACGACGAAGACCGGCCUCCUGAAGAACAAGCAAAAAGCCUGAAAGAUGAAGGCAAUGCCUAUUUCAAAGAGAAGAACUACCAAAAGGCGGUGGUGGCCUACACAGCGGGUUUGAAGAAGAAAUGUGCAGAUCAGGACCUCAAUGCUGUCCUCCUCACCAACCGUGCAGCAUCACACUUUUACCUUGGAAAUAUGCGCUCUGCUUUGAAUGAUGCUGCAGCUGCAAAGAAGCUCAAGCCAGACCACCUGAAAGCCUUGAUCAGAGGCGCUCAGUGUUGUAUAGAGCUGCGCCACUUUUCAGAGGCCAUCCAGUGGUGUGAGGACGGGCUCAAGGUUCAUCCUACUGACAAAAAGCUGCGGGAGCUGAGAGCAGCGGCAGAUAAGCACAAAAGAGCAGCAGAGAGAGAUGCCAGGAAGGCCAAGGCUAAAGAAAAGAAGUUGCAUGGUGACAAAGAAGCUCUUCUGAAUGCCAUAAAGGAUCGAGGCAUCAAACUCGUGCAGCCUGCGAGGGCUCAGCGGAGCGGUUCUGACAGUGAAGAUGAGGACGAACGCUCUCCUGCGGCGAUAGCGGAGCUCAGCCUGGAUGGCCUCAGCUCUCAGGAGGUCACCGGGGCUCAGGUCUUCGUAGAUGAGCAGGGCUCUCUGCAGUGGCCCGUUCUCUUUCUCUACCCCGAACAUCAGCAGAGUGACUUCAUCUCGGCUUUCUGUGAAAACAGCUGCUUCACAGACCACCUGGGAGUCAUGUUUGAAGAACUUCCACCCUGGGACGCGGACAGAAAAUACCUCCCACAAAAUCUGCAGCUUUACUUUGAGGACGAGGAGAAGGAGACACUUUACCGAGUCGACCCAGAGAUGUCACUUUUGAAAAUACUGCAACACAAAAGGUAUUUUGUGAAGGCGGGCACGCCCAGCUUCAUCGUUUUAGUAAAAGGCUCUUCAUACUGCAAGCAGUUUUUAUCAGGAAGGAAAAUACACGGACUGUAAGGAAAGGCAGAGCUUCAACUCACGCACAUGAAAACCUCUGACAUUCUCAAUAACUGACUCAUCAAACGUCACUGAAAAUAAAACAUGAGGUUUUGUAACAUGAA